AUGAUCAAUUACCAAUACCCUGAUUGGUCAGAAUGUCAGAAAAUCAGGCAUGAAAAUGGAGCACUUCGAUCCGAGUGUCUUCCUGGAAGUCCUGUUAAGGAAACCGUCCCACCCGACCACAAUGAAGGUGAUACUCCUUCACCUGUUCGUCAGACCCCAAAGCGGCGGAAAGAUGAUGCGUCUUCAGAGCAGCCAUCGGAGUUUCAGCCGUUCACUGCUACCUUAGAGACCCCACGCAAGUCACAACCCGGUGCUUCGGUGACUGAAACGAACUCGCACUUUUCCACUCCAGGGGCUUGCGUUACGGACGCCCUCGUGCUUCCCUCGGGUGGCAUGGCAGCUAGGCACCGGAAGGGUGCUAUAGCUGAACGCUUUCUUUUUUUCUUUUUCUGGGUUAUCUCAGUUUCACGGAAUUCAGCCCCAUUACCCCACAGACCAGUCGCAUAUCCAUCGGGAGUAUCUCCGCGUGACAGUGAUGCCCUUGUGACUAUCGAACAAUCAGCCGCUCCAGGUUCUGCGGUGAUCAUUUCGGCUUGUAGAUUUUGCCUCAGAGAUCCUGAAGGUGAUGAAAAACUGGUACGCGGGACCUGCCUGGAAUGCAGGACGUUGAUACGUUCGUUUGUACAGCGGUCAACACGAUUAGACGAUUUAGCUUGCCUUCGGGACGCGUCAUGUCAUCUUGAACGCCCAGUAUCCUGGGUUCCAACCAAAGAUUUGUUGUCGAAGGUGCGCGCACGGCGUCUUCAACAGGAAUAUGGACCUCCUUCCGAAGAUUGGUGUGAUUCCUGCAAAGUUCACCAUUGUCUCAAACUUGGAGCUAGACUGGCAGACUUCUGCAGCAAGCGUGACAGACCGCAGUCCCUUUUGCGGUCAAUAAAUUUACAGCGUCUGGAAGAUCCGGCUUUCCAACAUCGAAGCCGGGAACGUCGUGUUUUGGAGUACUUAAAUUUGGUGUCUCAGGACUACGCUGCGUUUCACCAGCACGUGCCCACUGAUAGCAGACCGGGCUCAUGUGCAUCCGAAUUGGAUGAUAUGGCCCGCUUUCUGGAUUGUUUGUGGGUGUGCCCUCUCUAUCUACCUUCACGUGAGCACCUCAAUUCACAUGAACCUAGCUUGGAGCCUCCUUUGGAUGUAGUGACAGAUGAUGUCCCAACUCAACCUUCAACACUCCCCGAUAGACCAACAAACAAGUUUCCUAAUAUGAAUUUUUUGGACGGAAAUGUUGCGGAAAUGUGCCCAGUUCAAGCCGAAAGUGUAAUGACCCCGUCUUCUGCAACAUCACAACAAGUUCACUGCUCCAAUUCUCCUUCAGUUUCAAGUCCGGUAGCUUCCGUGGAAAAGCCAACUACAUGGGACAGUUUUUCAGAUUUGGAGUCACCAAAAGAGAGAAAAGCUCCAUCUCCAUGCUUGGUAGGAUUGCCUGAUCCAGUCAUUGGACCACUGCUCACCGAGUUUCGUCCAAGCGAUCGCGCUCCAGCUUCAAGUCUUUCUUCUAGCUGUGAUGACCAUACAGAGCCAUCGCACAAGUGUCCACGAUCUUCACUCCCAUCACCUAAAAUGCAUCAACACCAACCCGAUCUGGAAUUACCUCCAUUGGAAAAAACGCAAGAACAGGGAACCAGUGGUGUUACGGACGUAUUUGGUGACGCGCCUAGCAGUCAAUCUCCCUCACAGCAACUUUGUGAACCUGCUCCCGCACAAAGGCAUUUAUCAAGCCCCCCCUGUGAAGCUGUUUCCGCAACAUACAACGAAGCAGUCGUUGAUAAGACCGUAUGUGCUCUUUGUACGUUUCGUGAGGGAUGUGACCCCGUUGAUGUGUGCAUACGAAGUGGUCUUGCUCGGAAGCUGUUACGCAAUAGUAUGUAUACAGUGAGUCUUGGUCCAGCGCAAAUCCGAGGUCGCACGUGUGCAUUUGAGGCGAAUCGUUCUACAGUCCCCCGGAACCCAUCGGUGGUAGGGUUGCCUGAACAACAUACUAGUGAGACAGACCACUCAACGACCUUUAACACCCAUGUCUCACCUCCGAGUAUUGUUGUUGCUGACUCUGAGCCACCCUCCUGCAUAGAACUUCAAAAACCAAAUGUAUCUGAACAACACAUCACAAUUGAGGAGCAGUGUCUUCAAGAAACGGACAAUCAAUCUGUAGAGAAUAUUUGUACUGGAACGGAGACGACAACCACAGAGAAUCGUGUUGCUCCUAUGUCACCAAUGCUGGAGGUGACAAAGGCUCCCUUGGAGACGACCACAUCUGUUGACAACGCCAGUGCUCGUCGACCAGACGAUUUGGAGAUCACGAAUGAGUUCACCGAGUCGCCUGCUGUCAAAGUGGACUCGAAGCCAGUUCAGCUCUGUGCCCCUGAAAUGCCGACCACUCUUAGAAGGCCUUUAGAUUCUCAUCGCAUCACAUUGCUUGUUUGCGGACCAUGCGUUUUGCAACUGAGGCAUGCUGUGAAGAACUUGUUGGAUACAUUUUCUACAAGACACACUGACUGCGUCGCUCAACUCAUGCUCAGACCCGAUGCCUUUUGCUCUAAACGAAUCGCAGCUUCAGAAGACAAAUCUGAAAGCAAUUACUGCUUGCAGAAUGGCGUUUCCUCCAUGUGUGGAUCAUGCUACCUGUAUACUAAUCUCCAGUAUUUGUACAAAAAUUUGAAUACAACUCUGCCUGCCUAUACAACAACUGAUGUAGACUUUGUGUUACCCGUUGGCGGUCCACUGUUUCUUCCCCAUAACUCACCUUCGACCGAUUCGAAAAGUUUCUUCGAACGUCGAAUACAAACAAAGCUCCACCAGGCUGAAAGCCCUGAACCAUUGGUCUGUCUCUGCUGUCGCACACGUGCCGAAUUUUUAAGCAUGUAUGAAGUCCGGGGACCCAAUAUUAUAAUAUGUUCCGGUUGUUUAUGGACGUUCAAGGCAGGCAUCGGCGCUUCUAAUUCCGCCAUAAUGGUUAAACGCAUGGCUGGACGAUUGGCUUCGGCCGCCGCGGCAACUGACGCGACCGUGCCUCUUUUAUCACUGGCCAAUCGGCGGAUGCUGGUGGACACAGCGCGACUUGCUCUUCUGAUUUCCACUCCUUGCACAGGAGAAUGUUUAAAACAGGCUGCAGACCCGCUUUGGUUAACAUGUCCUGCCUGCACAGUUCGUCGGUGCCAUCGUCUUCUUCCGUUAAUCUUACCACUGCACCCUGCUCAUUGGUACCGCCGCCGUGUCAAGCUUUUGACCAGGUCAACUCUGUUGGAAGACCUAGAUCCUCGCCUCAUGUUGCCCGAAUCUGAGACGUCUGUCUUAGGAAUCCGAAAGCACCCGCACCGUUACUCUUUAGCGGAUGUAGAUUAUACCGCGUCAGUCAUAGAGCGUUGGUUGAUGCCGCCAGAACCUCCCGCCGAUGUGGAACCAUGCGAAACAUUGGAUUCAGAAAUGGGACAUGUGUCAGGUGUGUCCUCCGGGGAGGAAGAUUCCGUUUCUUUUUCGGGAGAUGAAAUACUCACUGAAAGUAGUGGAUUUUCAACACCGUCCUCCAUCUCAGCAUUUUCUAACCACGAAUCCGAAUAUGGUGGACUUAGUUGGUGGGAUGGCGAAGAAGUUCUAGAACCAACCGGAAAGUCGUCCCCCAGUGGGGAUGUGGACAGCUCCGAAACAGAACCAGAGACCGAUGAGGUUCGUGCGGAAUUGGUAACUGUUGUCCCACAAAAGCGUAAACGCAAGCCAUCUCUCAAAGCUGCAGAGGUGGAAGCAGAUGUAAUUAAUCGAAAAUCAAGUCGAAUUUCGUCCAAAAACGUACCUCCCGGGGAAUCUUUGGCGCUUGACACCAACAGCACUCUCAAACCUUGCGAACAACCCACUGUGUCUGAGUUCGAUGAGACACCGGUUUCUGAUAAAUCAGCUGAAAAAACUUUCCCGAUUGCGGAUGGUUCAGAUAAACCAGGAUCACCCAAGGAACGCACUCGUCAGAAAUCCUCGGCCAGGGAGCCUUCACGCCCCCCGACUUCAGUUGAACCUCAUGACGGAGAACCCAAUGACUUGGUGUCAAAUUCAGAGGCCAAGGUGCCCUCGGUCAAACGUAGUGGCAACCCCCCUGAACGGCUCAUCAUCCACGGAAAGCGGAAACUGAAAAUUAAUCACCGAUUCCUGGACGAUUAUGACGGUAAUAUUCCCUGUCUCACUGGACAGGGGCGGCGAAUUCGUGAUGAGUCUUGUGGUAGUCGUGGAUCGAAUUCAAGUGUCAGUAGUCGUGCUAGCGGAUCCAGCAUCCUUACUCGGAGAACUUAUUCCAGUCGAGCCUCCUUGCUGGCACAGAAGCGAGCUCACGCCUGUUUGAAUAACCGUGGUCGGACUACUGUCGUUAGCCGCUCGAAUGCUGGAUCAUCAAAAGGCCAUUCCAAUUUACUGGAUGACACACCGUGUCCCGAAGAAGCUACGAAUCUAUCGGACAGAUCUGUCGAGGAACCCAGUCGUGUUUGUGGUGUGGGUCCUCGGGUCAAGCAAAUUAGUCGUCCAGCCAUCAAGUCAGAAGAAAGUCGUUACACCACCGCCUUGUCUGCUAUGGUUCACGCUGCCCGACUUGCUGCAGUGGGCGCCAAAGUACCCGGUGGCACAAGCCCCAAGCACGCAGCUCUAGCAGCUACCGCCCGGUCUAACGUGGAUGAUCUUAGUGACACGAACCAAAUGGAGAUCAGCUCCAUGCCUCAAGACAGAUCACCUACUGCAGUUGUUGGGAGAUCGGGUUUCGCUCAGUCACUACCCGAUCGCUGCGGCCAAUGCCCUGCAUGUUGUGGGUUGGUUCAACCUUGUGGAAUAUGUAAUAAUUGCCGGUCACUUCAAGAAAUAAACAAAGGAGGGUCAGAAAUGAAGCGCCGACCAUGCAAGGAACUUAUUUGCUUCCGGAGAAGACCAACUCACGUUAACUUCAAAUCUGGCCCCAGAGUGAAGCUGCCGUCCAAUUUCCCCUCAACUGGAUCCGGACCAGCCUCCUCGUCGCACUGCCAGAAAGCUUCAGACUUUGGUGAGCAGCAACCGCAUGAUUUCAUUUCUCCCACCAAGCAACAGGAAGCUAAGUGGACACAUGGCACGGUCAGCUUGUUGGACACAGUUCCUGGCUUAGCUCAGCAACUUGACUGUGAUGCAUGGGUCAACCAGCCAAUCAAUAGCAGAAAUGGCGGCGCUCCUAAAAUCCGUCCGAAAGAUUUCUUCAAGCUUCCUAAACGUGCAAACCAACUGGAAGUGUUUUCCAGCCAUCCAGUGACCCCCAUACCUGGUGGAGAUUUGGGUAUGCGGUUUUCUGGCCAAAGUUUCGUUGAUGUGGGCGAUGUGGAUGAAGAUCGCAUCCGGCCAGUAGAAGGAGAGGUGAUUACCAGUGAGCUGGCACAUCACGGUGGCUACGCAGUCGUCACAACAAUGGCUUCGGCACCUCCGAAAGAGAUCUGUUACGCUUGCGGAAGUGGUGGUGGCCAGCUGCUUUUUUGUGUGUCUUGCGCCGAGCCAUUCCACUUCUACUGUGUGGAACGACAGUUCCGGCCGCGUCGUAAGGAUCAUUUCAUAUGUCGGAACUGUACAGAAUGCAAGGAGUGUCACAGUCCAGCAGCAGAUCUCCGCUGCAUACGUUGCUCUGGAGGCUACCAUCCAUCCUGUCUGUCGGAUUAUGCUCCAGCACAGUCGGGACACCGCGGGAACUGGAUUUGCCCCCACUGUACUUCCUGCGUGCAUUGCGGAUCCAAGCCGUUACAUAAACGGCAGGACGCAGGCACCGAAACCGGUAGACCACCCAAUACGGGCGGAUGUUCACGCUCGAUGACAGCAUGGUCUUCAGAGCCCAAUAAAUGCGCCGCUUGUUGUUCAGCCGAAGCUCGGGGCGAUAUAUGUCCCGAGUGUGAUCGUGCCUAUCUGCCAACCACCAAGCAAAUGAUCCAGUGUGAUACUUGUCAACUAUGGAUGCAUCGCACUUGCACAAAACUUACAGACUCACAUUCUCGGAUUCCGAUGAGUGAGAAGGUCGAAAACCCAUGUGAACCAUCAUCGUCGUUCAGCUGUAGUACCCUUCCGGUGCCUAGCUGCCAUGCCACCCGAAGGGAGCACGAGGGCUGGGAUACUGCCAUGUUGCCCAAGUCUAGGCAGGGGAAGUCGAGAGGCAGAGGUCGGGUUCGAACCGUGGACCUUCCGGUCACGGAUGAAUAUGAGUGGAUUGCACGUCUUUCUCCGGGGCAGCUGAACAAGUUCGUUGUGAACUGUAAGGUUUGUCAGAAUGAGUUGAACCAACGAAACAGAACCGACGAGACACAAGGACAGAAUACUAGUACGUCAAACGAACUGACUCAACGUAACCUUGGUGAUACAGACAAGCUACAAGCAUUGGCACAUGACACAUUACUGGAGCGCAUGGCCGAUUUAGUUACUAGCUGCUGCCGAUCGUCCGUUACGGACUCCUCCUCGUCCACGUGUACCCCUCCUCCUCCUCCUCCAUCUGCUAUGCAUACCAGCCCACACCAAUCUACGGUGCUCUCACCCACAGUGUUCCCUCCAAAGAAACCAUCUACUGCUCCGGAUUCUCGCAUCCCUCGCAUACCCCAGGUAGAUGGAAUCGUGGACGAGGAUUCUGAUGACGGCGCUAGCCCUCUUCUUCAAUCCGAAGGCUCCACGUACAUGCAUAUUGGUGCACACGCAUCUGAUGUUCUGUUCUACGAACAAAAUCCUCAACCUCUGUCAGACGCUAGUUCUUUUUGUCCUCUCGAUACAUUUGGGAAGCCCCGUAGAGGACCACCAAACUUCAUAAGAAAAGACAAGUGCAGGACCGAACGAUUGCGCUCUUCUUCAGGUAGCUCGUAUGUUGCUUCAUCUGCUCGCCUAACUCCACCUCCGAUCUGCGCUAAUUGGGUUACUGAGAGUGAAGUACAACGUGCUUGGACCACACCGAAAAGCUCCUCAGUUAAACGCACACGGCUAACAGCACAUAUGGGAGAGAGGGCGAGAUGGCCCAAGUGGUUAGAGCGCGAAUUUACUGACCGGAAGGUCCGUGGUUCGAACCCGACCUCUGCCACUCGACUUCCCCUGUCUAGGCUUGGGCGACCUGACAGUAUCCCAGCCCUCGUGCCUCCUUCGUGUGGCAUGGCAGCUAGGCACCGAAAGGGUUCUACAGCUGAACGACUUACUUACAUAUGGGAGAAUGGGUUUCGGAAGUCAUGCCUACUCAGUUCCGAGUCUGUAUGGUAUGCUUGCGCAGGCCAGCGCUCUUUGAUAUAUCGGAUUUUGACUCGAAUCUUACAUCGCCUCGCGGCCCAUCCCAUCAAUUCCCCUCAUGCGGUUGCUCUCCGUCAGCUCCUUCGUUGGCUGUCGUGCACUAUCGAAUCGCUGUUUCCGUGGUUGAUUGUCAGUGAGAUGGCCAAUGACGUUCGCGAUCUUCUCCAACAAACUGGCAGUGAGCUUACGGCCGUGUUAAGGCACUUCGAAAAGUGCGCACUCAUCGAACUUUAUGAACUCAUGUGUCCCAUCGCUGCUCGCAUGAGUGACGCACAGAUACACUCCUCGAUGUGCGCUUCGAAAUCCUGGCAACGUGUCUGGAAUAGCGUAUCUCUCGUGCAAAACUGUUUUUCAACCGUAUCCCACCAUAUCAAAACCCAUCAUCCGGAUUCGAUGUCUUUACCUCAGAAACUUCCUCCGAAAUUUUUGGAAGCAAGGCACCUACUCGCUGCGAAAGCUGCUCUUGCACGACUCUCAUCCAGUCACUGUUACAGACCGCACGAGUUGGAGGCAAUGGAAAGGAUGCGUAAUGAAGCUCGUGAAGAACGCUGGGUGGAACAUUGGUCGGCAAUCGAAGAGCAGUUGGUGCUGAAAAAUUUUCAACGUCACUUACUGCGAGAUUGUCCGUCUGGAAAACCAAAUCCGACUGUUGUGGACCUCGGUGAUCACCAAUUGCCACAGACCACGGAUCCAGAUAGCCUAACGGUAAAACCCCCUGAGUCGGGCAUGAAUGAAAAAACUAUAUGUCCUGCCGUUGAGAACACCCAUUUCUGUGAAACGUCAGAAAAGCAUCCCGAUUCUUCUGAUGCACCUAUUUCCGAAAAUGCUGCCAUGGAACCCAUUGUAAAUGGUCCCACCAAACAACCUCCAGUCGUUCCUGAUGACCCACGUAGCGAUCAAUUCUAUUUCGCGCUUGAGGACUGUUGGUCAACUGCGCCGAACGGUUCCUGUGACGCCGAUAGUUCGGAUGAGGAUGUACGAUCUUGUCUUUUAUGUGGUCGUCACGGUGAUGACAACAUUGAAGGGCGUUUGCUCUUCACCGGUGCCGAUACUUGGGUACGCUUGGGCAACCUGGUUGUAUCUCAGCCCUCGUGCUUCCCUGGGGUGGCAUGGCAGCUUGAAAGGGUGCUACAGCUGGACGAUUAUUAUUGUGUUGUUCAUGUCAACUGUGCUCUAUGGAGUAAUGAGGUUUUCGAGGAGGAAACUGGCCAACUCGUCGGAUUGUCAGAUGCAUUACGUCGGGGGCGUGAAAGUGUUUGCCUUGAUUGUGGUCAGUAUGGAGCCACAUUGCUUUGUUCAAACUCUCACGAGCCCAUGUGCACUUUAUAUAUGCAACGAUGGUUAGCCCCUGGCGACAGUGAUUCCCCCUCCAAAAUCGAUGUCGAGAUGCAAAAGUCUGUGCACUUUGCUUGUGCUCUUCGAAGACGCCCCCCUGCUCCACGAUCUAUUUUCACGGCGGACCGUUCGUGGUUUUGUUCCCCGGAGUGUCACCAGGCUGCCAUUCGACAAAGACUGACGGAUGCGAUCCAGUCUAGGAAGGAUCAACAGCAUCAUAAAUCUAGCAAAUCGUUUGAUGCCCAGUUGGACUGUACUACGGAUGAAGAAACACUCACCAAAGGAGAGUAUGCUAUGCUUGAGAAUACUGUGGCGGAUGACUUGGAGCCCAUCAGCUUGGGUGAACUGCUUGUUUGCCGCCGCGUUUUCGCUCCAUCCGACUGCUUCGCGAUGUCUCUGCUUCCACCUACCUUUCACCGACAACCUAACCUCUCUACGUUUCCUGAUGACAAUCCGGGACUUUUAAGGAUUGCACGAAGAGCCCUUUCCAAUUUGUCUGCAUCCCCAAACUCUAUGGCUUUCCUGCAAUGCACUGGUUUACCCGCUGCUAGUCUAGUCAUCACCAUCGGAUCCUUACGAGUAGAUAGACUUGGCGAGGUUAGGGAGGCUUCUGACUCUUUGGCUGUUACGAAACGCUCUUCAUCACCGGAACUCUGUUCACUGGUAGGUCAAACCCGUCAGAAUAACAUUUGGCUUGUGCUCCCUCCCAAAGAUGAACGCCCUUCGCACCUUAUCGAAUAUACACUCCUUUGCAAACUAAUUUGGUUUUGCGAGAAACUCACCUGGAACCCAGCUGAAUCCCUCGUUUGUGAUGUUCUCAGGCAACUGAAUGUGCUGCACCAGGCCGCCUCAUGUUUCAGUCGCUACGAUAUUCGAGAUGUCGCGAUACAUGUUCAUGUCAACUGUGCUCUAUGGAGUAAUGAGGUUUUCGAGGAGGAAACUGGCCAACUCGUCGGAUUGUCAGAUGCAUUACGUCGGGGGCGUGAAAGUGUUUGCCUUGAUUGUGGUCAGUAUGGAGCCACAUUGCUUUGUUCAAACUCUCACGAGCCCAUGUGCACUUUAUAUAUGCAACGAUGGUUAGCCCCUGGCGACAGUGAUUCCCCCUCCAAAAUCGAUGUCGAGAUGCAAAAGUCUGUGCACUUUGCUUGUGCUCUUCGAAGACGCCCCCCUGCUCCACGAUCUAUUUUCACGGCGGACCGUUCGUGGUUUUGUUCCCCGGAGUGUCACCAGGCUGCCAUUCGACAAAGACUGACGGAUGCGAUCCAGUCUAGGAAGGAUCAACAGCAUCAUAAAUCUAGCAAAUCGUUUGAUGCCCAGUUGGACUGUACUACGGAUGAAGAAACACUCACCAAAGGAGAGUAUGCUAUGCUUGAGAAUACUGUGGCGGAUGACUUGGAGCCCAUCAGCUUGGGUGAACUGCUUGUUUGCCGCCGCGUUUUCGCUCCAUCCGACUGCUUCGCGAUGUCUCUGCUUCCACCUACCUUUCACCGACAACCUAACCUCUCUACGUUUCCUGAUGACAAUCCGGGACUUUUAAGGAUUGCACGAAGAGCCCUUUCCAAUUUGUCUGCAUCCCCAAACUCUAUGGCUUUCCUGCAAUGCACUGGUUUACCCGCUGCUAGUCUAGUCAUCACCAUCGGAUCCUUACGAGUAGAUAGACUUGGCGAGGUUAGGGAGGCUUCUGACUCAUUGGCUGUUACAAAACGCUCUUCAUCACCGGAACUCUGUUCACUGGGUAGUCAUCUUUGUCCCAUCAACUACCGCGCCCGGCGUAUUUUCUGGAGCUGCUUCAAGCUAGAUGACCGUAUCCCAUAUACUCUACACAUCCGGCAAACACACGCAGUAAACAGUCAUGUGUCGUCCGCAUCCCCGUCAGCACCGUCUCUUCCCCCGCCAACUAGUACGGAACCGUCUUCGCUCAACCUCAAAAACACCCCUGCUGUACUGACAACCACGUUACCCAAGUUGAUUAAGCACAUUUCGCCGUUGCCCGUUUCAUCCAACCCGACUUCUCCUCAUCCAUCCGCUGGUAUACGGUGCACAAAUGGAUUUUCUGGUUCAACACGAUUCACUCAGUCAUUCAACGUUGUCUGUUCAGUCGGUUCCCACAAACCUGCCCAUCACCCAGCAAUUCUACGACCAAGUUCAUCGGCCAGGAUAGCCACAGUUUCCCAGACUGUUUCGUCAGUUGCCAAUCAGGCUGUCACCAAUACUGCUUCGUUGGUUGUUUCUAAAACUUCUUUGGAUGCAGUACGUUGCACGGCUGAUACAAAGUCACAACCCCUGAAGAUAAUCAAUGCUGUUUUGCCACAGAAUCGCGCCGUUCUAACUAGCGUCUUGGAAUCACGCGGACCCAUAACGUACUAUCCAAUUUACACCAAAGGACAGAAUCACAGUGCAACGAAAACACCAUCGACGAUUCAACUCGUGGCCCGACCAAUGACAACCUACCGCAUUCCUGCUCCACUAAAUGCGCGUCCUGGGACCUUGACCACGCCUACAAAGGACCAGCAAUUAGCUAGUCAACUCAACGGACUAUUUCAAAGUCUACCUCAGUUGCAUACUCAACCUGUCAAGGCUGCGACUUGCUUAUUUCCUGCUUCAGAACCCCUGAAACCGACAUCCCCCGACCCACCCACACGAAUUCCACAUCAGCUGAUACCACAACUUGAUGGAACUCUGGAUGAGGAUGAUAAGAAUUAUUACUCCAGCAAGCGUUCACGUUCCGUGUUCCGCCAGUAUUCUCAUUCCAGAAGGCGUUCUGCGUCGGCAACUUCAAACGAUUCAUCUUCAUCCAAUAGGACAUCUGCUUCAAGUGCGUCGAAAGCACCCCGACGGUCGCAUUUUUCAGCGGUGGAUCAACUGAAACAGCACAAACAAUCACAGCAACCUCCUGCUUCUUUGAAGGCAUUACCUGCUAAGCGGAAAUGGAUUGAGGAGCGUAACAGGCAACAAGAGCUGGCCCACUUGGUCUCAAAGGCUAAACUUGCGAACCACGCACGGAUGUAUCAGCAUGAAGUGGAAAAACACGCACGCGCAUUUCGCCUGCGAUUCUCUAUUGACGGUUGCGUUCGCUCUGCACCAAAUCCUGCCGUUGCUUGGCGUUCAAUACUCACGCGAGUCGCAGUUUUGCGUGAAAAGCAAGGCCUCCCCCCUCUGCUUUAUGGUGUUACGGAUGGUUGGACACAAUUCGGUCUUAGUCAUCGGCACAUCAUAUUCUUGAUUGAACAGAUGCGUGGUGCGUUCCAUUGUUACCGGUAUCGCUUUCGCUAUCAUCGACGUAAAAUUGAACGUUUACGACAAAAGUUCACUCCUCCAGUCCCCGUGCCGGAAGGCUGUGCUAGGGCAAUUAGCUGGUCAAAACCACGGUUACCAUCAAAUCACGCGCGCGAUCCUCUCAGUUUUCUCAGCUGUGCCGGAAAUCCACCUCCCCGACCGCUUGUCAAAUCUGACCAAUCCGAAUCCAGUAGAAAAGACGGCCUCGGUCUUUCAAACACCGUAUUCAGUCCAAACGAGAGGACCACUGUUCUGUCACCAACGGAACAAGCAGUCUGUGCAGAAGCAGCACGACAAGCGGCGUCGCUUGUGGCCUCCCAGUUGAAGUUACCUAUACGGAUGCGAGAGGCAUGUAUCGCACAGGCCGUAGUUCAAGCCACCGGGUUCCUCCUCCAACCGAACACGUCAGACGACCCGGCGAGCUGUCACGCAACCAAAACCAGGUCGAAAACAACGACCGAAGCCGAAGACGAGGAUUAUGACCAAGAACAGAAUGACGAAUCCUCAGAAGAUGAUAAGGGUCAAGAAGAUGAAGCAGACUUGGGAACGGUGACAACCCAAUUCAAACGCAUGGUGUCUGGCUCCAUGGCCAGGUACUUACGCGUUGCCGUACACCCAUCACAUAUCCACGGACGUGGAUUGUUUGCGCUACGCGGAUUCCGAGAAGACGAAAUGGUCAUUGAAUACAUGGGCGAACUGAUAAGAAAUUUCGUGUGCGAAACCAGGGAAAUUCGAUACCGCUCUGCUGGAGUCGAUUGCUAUAUGUUCCGGAUCGACUCAGAUCUAGUCAUCGAUGCUACCUACGCGGGGAACGCUGCCCGCUUUAUCAACCACUCAUGUGAUCCGAAUUGCUAUGCCAAGGUGGUAACGGUGGACGAUAAAAAGCACAUUGUAAUCCUGGCCCAACGCAGAAUCUAUCCUGGCGAAGAACUUACAUACGACUACCGGUUCCCAAAGGAGUCAGACAAGCUACUUUGCAACUGUGGUAGCUACAACUGUCGAAAAUAUUUGAAUUAAGCACAAUUUUUCUUCGUGGACUCUAUCUUUUGGGUAUUUCCUGAAGAGGCGGUGUGUUUUUAUUGCACCUGAUUUUACUGCAUUCUCCCCGAGUCAUUUUUCUCUAUGUGAACGUCAUCAUCGUAACCUAUAGUAUUUCCGUUUUGAUGUUCAGCUUGCUGAAGCAGCAAUUUUGGUCAAUCAUUUGUACCGAGCUGUACCGUUUUAACCAAUCCCCCCCUCCUCCGAAGAUUCAUGAUCUGUAUAUUGGCUCCUGCAUUUUUGUACUUAUA